AUGCCUUCCACCGACAAUCCUCCAGAGACCAUCGAUGCUGCGAACAAGAACCCAUGGACCGAAGAGACGAAGACCAAGUUUGAAACCAAGAGCAAGAGCAAAUAUAUGGACCCGUGCCAGGACGCCGCCAAGCGCAGCAUCAAGUGCUUGAACCGCAACAACGGCGACAGGGAGAUGUGUGGUGAAUAUUUCCAAGCAUGGCGAGACUGCCGACAGGCAUGGAUGGACCAGCGCAAGGAGGAGAGAAAAAAGGCGGGCAGUUUCUUCUGA